CGUCGAACAGGAAUCGAAUUGAAACGAUGACGGCGCCGGCGGCAGUGGUGCCGUACCACGCUCUCCACGACAACGGGUUCGCCUUCAUGGCCGGAAACGAGUUCAUUCGGUCGGGGUACCGCGUCCACUACUCAUCCAAGGACUGCGUCCGCUCGCUCUUCCAGUGGCACAACGAGACAUGGAACGUGUGGAUCCAUAUCGUCGGAUCCGUUGUCUUUCUCGCGCUGUUUGUUACGUCGGUCGGUGGCGACCCGGGAACAACGACACCGCAUUUGAAUGCAACAUCCGCCGCCAACCUCGUUGGCGUGGUGGACGUGCCGCAGUGGCCCAUGAUUUUGUUCCUCUCGAGUAUCGUCUCGUGCUUUGCCCUGAGUACGACCUACUAUCUCCUGUACGUCCAAAACGACUCAGUCGCGUCGGUAUACCUUCAAAUGGACUUUGCCGGCAUCAUCGCGUUCAUCGUGGGCUGCUACGUCCCGAGCAUUUACUACGCAUUCUACUGCGACCCGACUUGCCAAGCGGCGUACUUGGGCGUAGUCGGCGUGUUGGCGGUGGGACUGUUUGUCGCACUCGGCGUUCCUUCUAUCGGCCGCAACAAGGUGAUGCGCGUCAAGGCGUUCCUCGGUCUCAUUUUCUUUGCGGUCGUGCCCAUCGGACACGCCAUCUUCGCGUUCGGGUUCUGGGACGAUCAUGUUCAAUUGAUGAUCAAACCCGCCGUCACGUGCUCCGUUUUCAGCUUCUUGGGCCUCUUCCUCUACGUGACGCGGCUCCCCGAACGAUGGUACCCCGGCAAGUUUGACGUGGUCGGCAGCAGCCAUCAAUGGUGGCAUCUCUGCGUCGUCCUCGCCGCCCUCGCCUACUACACGAGCCUCCUCGAUCAUUACACGUGGCGGUCCAAAGUCGGUUGCCGCACUUGAUGCCGUUUCUUGGUCACCUUUGUCGUUUGGGCCAUCAAGGAAACCGUAGGCAUAACCCUCGAAAAAACGUGCCAUCUAUGUGU